AUGGUUGCUUCAAUUGCUGCUUCGGCCUUUUUCUCCGCCCCAUCAUCUGCCGCCUCCGCGGCAUCAGCAAAAGCGUCGAAGACCGCCGGUGAAGGCCCCGGGAGUUUGGAUGUCCGCGGAAUCGUAGCCAAACCCACCUCCUCUUCAGCAGCUAUGCAGGGGAAGGUGAAGGCCCAAACUGUUCCCAAGAUUAACGGCGCCAAGGUUCCCCUGAAAGCCGAAACCCAGAAGUCCGACGAAGAAGCUGCCCCUUCUUCAGCCCCAAGAACGUUCUAUAAUCAAUUGCCUGACUGGAGCAUGCUCCUUGCCGCUGUAACGACCAUCUUCUUGGCGGCGGAGAAGCAGUGGACCCUUCUUGAUUGGAAGCCGAGGCACCCCGAUAUGCUCGCUGAUGCAUUUGGCCUAUCCUCUGAUGAUGAUAGGGGCACCGUUGAUGCACUAAAAAACUAA